GUCCGAAUCUAAUAGUUGUAGUUAACGUGGUGACGCUGCGCUCACUUCAUACCGAUUAUUGGUCUCUACUACAUAUUUGGCUUACUCGUUUUAACGAUACCCAACUAAUAUCAACUGUAUCUAUCAAGUAAUAUGGACCUUUAUUUUAUUUGGCUGGUAACGUUCGUGGCUGGGUUUUGGAUUUUCAAAAAAAUAAAGGAAUGGCAGAAUUUGCCCCCCGGACCUUGGGGGUUACCUAUCGUCGGUUAUUUGCCUUUCAUUGAUCGCUAUCAUCCACAUAUCACCUUGACAAAUUUGUCUAAAACAUACGGAGCUAUUUACGGUCUCAAAAUGGGCAGCAUAUAUGCUGUAGUGUUAUCUGAUCAUAAACUUGUAAGAGAUACGUUCUCAAAAGACAGUUUUUCUGGACGAGCACCUCUUUACUUAACACAUGGCCUUAUGAAUGGAAAUGGAAUUAUUUGUGCCGAAGGCGGUUUGUGGAGGGACCAAAGGAAAUUAAUAACAUCGUGGUUGAAAAGUUUUGGAAUGAGUAAGCACAGUGUUUCCCGAGAAAAAUUGGAAAAACGAAUCGCUUCAGGAGUAUACGAAAUUUUGGAAAAUAUCGAAAAAACUUCUGAUGCUGCCUUGGACCUUCCUCAUAUGCUGACGAAUUCUUUAGGAAACGUUGUCAAUGAGAUAAUAUUCGGCUUUAAGUUUCCACCUGAAAAUAAAACAUGGCAAUGGUUUCGUCAAAUACAGGAGGAAGGAUGCCAUGAGAUGGGAGUCGCAGGUGUUGUAAACUUCUUGCCCUUUAUACGCCAUGUUUCGCCAUCAACACGAAAAACAAUUGAAGUUCUAGUCCGUGGACAGGCACAGACGCAUACUUUGUACGCAAGCAUGAUAGAUAGACGAAGAAAAAUGUUGGGCUUAGAGAAGCCUAAGGGAGCCGAAUAUGCUCCUCACGAAAACCUUUUAAAACUAUAUCCAAAUGGCCAUAUCAAAUGCAUAAAAUACAGCAAAGUCUCUCCGAACACCGAGCAUUUCUUUGAUCCCAAUACUCUUAUUCCGACUGAAGGAGAUUGCAUACUGGAUAAUUUUCUGUUGGAGCAAAAGAAACGAUUUGAGAGUGGAGACCCAACGGCACUGUAUAUGAGAGAUGAACAGUUACAUUUUCUACUAGCGGAUAUGUUCGGUGCCGGACUGGAUACUACAUCGGUGACUUUAGCUUGGUUUUUGCUAUACAUGGCUUUGUUUCCAGAAGAACAGGAAGAAAUACGUAAAGAAAUCUUAUCCGUAUAUCCAUAUGACGAUGAUGUUGAUAGUUCAAGGUUACCUCUUCUUAUGGCAGCAAUCUGUGAAACUCAGAGGAUUCGAUCGAUUGUUCCAGUGGGAAUACCCCAUGGUUGUAUAGAGGACGCUUACUUGGGUAACUACAGAAUCCCAAAAAAUGCCAUGGUGAUCCCAUUGCAGUGGGCUAUUCACAUGGAUCCUAAUGUUUGGGAAGAACCAGAAAAAUUCAAACCGCGUAGAUUUUUGGCUCAGGAUGGUAGUCUACUUAAGCCUCAAGAAUUCAUUCCGUUUCAAACUGGUAAGCGGAUGUGUCCGGGUGACGAACUGUCCCGUAUGUUGUCGUGUGGCCUCGUAAGUAGACUAUUCAGAAAGCAGCGUAUUCGACUCGCAUCAAAAAUACCGACAGCAGAAGAGAUGCGUGGAACCGUCGGUGUUACGUUGGCACCUCCUCCGGUGAAAUACUAUUGCGAACCAAUUUAAUGACUAAAAUUUUAUUUGAAUUCGCUUUUUAUUAAAGUAGCGUUCAAUAACAUUAGUUGUAGAUCUUUAUGUAACUUUUGUUUCACGGAAUAUACCUUUUAUCAUU